UUUGCCCUUUCUUCUCUCCACAGCUUUAGAAGCCACUCAGGCUGAACUGUUCGACCUCAAGACCAAAUAUGACGAGGAGUGCAUUGCAAAGGGCGAUGAGAUUGAGAUGGUGAUGACGGACUUGGAGAGAGCCAAUCAGAGGGCGGAGGCAGCAGAAAGGGAGGCGGAGUCUCUGAGAGAGCAGCUCACCUCAACCAACACGUCUCUUCAGCUGGUCAGUCAGAGAACACCGGACACGUGUCUAGAGGCUGAACUCUGUUCUAAGGACCGUGAGAUGACCCAGCUGCUUGAGGAUGUCCAGCGCCUGCAGACCAGCUUGACUAAACUGAGGGAGAGUUCAGCCAAUCAGAUCGGUUCCCUUCAGGAGCAGCUCAACAUCAAGACCAACACACUCAAGGAAUUGGAAGGAAAACUUCAGCAGCAGGGUGAUUAUGAAGAAGUGAAGAAAGAGCUCAGUAUCCUGAAAUCCAUGGAGUUUGGACCUACAGACGGCUCUGUGCAGGACUCCUCCAAACCUCUAGAGGUGCUGUUGUUGGAGAAGAACCGCAGUCUGCAGUCUGAGACGGCCUCCCUGCGCAUCGCACACAAUGAGCUCAGCGGGUCAGCUGGAUGGAAAGGGAAAGAGGCGGAGCCCCAGCAGUGCCCGCCCUCUUCAGCCACGCCCCUCCCCCCAGGGCGCCACCCCUUCUCCCCCCUCCUCCUCUCAGCCGCUGCCUCGUACCGGCCUAACGCUAAGGCUAACUGUAGCGCCCCGCUGGAGCUGUUGGGCUCAGCGCUGCCCCCGGUGGUCAGCUCCUUCCUGCAGCGCCAGCAGCUCAUGCAUAGCCUCUACUCCGGGGGGGGGGGCCUGCUCUUCGCCCCCCCGCCCUUCCCCGCCCUGCCCCCCCCCACGGGGGCGCCCCCCAGCCCCGACCUGAACGGCGGCGGCGCCUCCCCCUCCCCGUCCCCCUCCCCCGGCGUGGAGCUCCCUGAGGGCUGUGGCGGUGGUGAGGCCGUGGACACGGCGGAGGUGGCGCGCCACAUCAAGGAGCAGCUGAUCAAGCACAACAUCGGGCAGCGGGUGUUCGGCCACUACGUGCUGGGCCUGUCGCAGGGCUCCGUCAGCGAGAUCCUGGCCCGGCCCAAACCCUGGAGCAAGCUCACGGUGCGCGGCAGGGAGCCCUUCCACAAGAUGAAGCACUUCCUGUCCGACCAGCAGAACGUCCUGGCGCUCCGCAGCAUCCAGGGACGACAGAGAG